AUGAACGCCGUCAGCAUGGAUGUGACUAAGCUGCCCAACUCACAGGACGGCAUCGAGGUCCAAAUGGAUAGCCUUGACUCAAGCCACGCAUUCACAAACUCGCUCGAGGAGCCCAAUCCGCCCAAACCCAACGUGUUCAAGUCGAAAAUGUUCAUUGUCGCCGUCACUUUUUCCAGUGUGCUGUUCACCAUUAUGUGCAUAGGGUUUUUGGUGCACUACGAAAUGGGCAGCGAGGUGUCGGAUGGCGAGGACAUACCCUUCUGGAAUGUAAAAUUGCCAUCCGAGCAGCAAGUGUGGUACGAAAAGGGCAUUGAAGAGUUGAAGAUUGCGCUGAGUCGUGAAAUUAAUCGACGACGUGCCAAGAAUGUCAUACUAUUCGUGGGCGACGGCAUGGGCCCAAAUACGGUGACAGCCACGCGUAUUUACGGUUUCAAAGAGGAGGGACUGUUGAGUUGGGAGCGCUUUCCGCACAUGGGUUUGCUCAAGACUUACUGCGCUGAUAAGCAGGUACCGGACUCAUUUUCUACGGCGACAGCGCUAUUUGGUGGCGUCAAGACCAACUAUGAAACCGGCGGCGUUGACUCCAGCGUGGCGCUUAAGAAUUGUAGUGCUUCACUGGAUGCCAACCAUCACGUGCAGACCAUAUUGAAGUGGGCGCAAGUGGACGGCAUGAAUACGGGCUUCGUGACGACGACGCGCGUCACGCACGCUACACCAGCCGCAUUAUACGCGCAUACGCCCGACAGGCGUUGGGAAUGCGAGGCGAAAAUGCCGGCGGAAGCGCAACAGGAGGGCUGUAAGGAUAUCGCCAAGCAAUUGAUCGAGGGCGAGACAGGUGGAAAAAUAAAUGUGAUUAUGGGUGGUGGUCGCCAAAUGUUGGUCUCUGAUGUGACGGAUAGCGCGGCGGAUCCAAUCGACACUUGGGCCUGCAUUUCAACAGAUGGGCGCGAUUUAAUCGCCGACUGGAAAAAAUACAAACAACAGGCGGGUGAAAGCUACGCAGUGGUGCAGAACAAUGGCGAACUGAACGCUCUGAACGGUGAAUCCGUAGAUUAUGUGCUGGGCGUCUUUGCCAACGGCCAUCUGAAGUACGAUCAUGAGCGUGAUCGCAGCGACUCAGGCAUGCCGUCCCUGCGCAACAUGACCGUGAAGGCGCUCGAGGUGUUGAAGAGUAAAGACAAGGGCUUUCUGCUCGUCGUCGAAGGCGGCAUGAUUGAUCAGGCCCACCAUCGCGGCACGGCCAGGCGGGCGCUCUCAGAGACGUUGGCCUUGAAUGAGGCCGUCGAGGCGGCUGUGCAAGAAAUGAGCCACCAACUGGACGAAACUCUGAUAAUCGUGACCGCUGAUCAUUCGCACAGUUUAACUAUAAAUGGUCAUCCGGAAAGAGGUGCUGAUAUAUUGGGCAUUGCCAUGAACUCUAAAACCGAGGGUACCCCUUAUACAACGCUCACCUAUGGCACCAGCUAUAAGGGUUUUGAAGCAGAUGCAGAUGGCAAGCGCAUGGAUCCAACGACCCAGGAUACUACGGCUUGGGAAUACACACAACAGGCGGCCAUAAACACAGAUGAGAAUUUGCAUGGCGGCUCUGACGUCACCAUACAUGCCAAGGGCGCUAUGGCUUACUUGUUCCACGGCGUGCACGAAAACAGCUAUGUGGCACAUGUCAUAUCAUAUGCGCUACGUAUCGGGCGCUUCCGUGACAGCACAAUUGCCGAGUCGUUGGCGGAUUUGAUGCCGUUAUAGUAUAAAAUAAAAUUAGCUUAAUUGUUUGGUUGAAUUGAUGGCGGCAUGUAAGCAAACGAGUUUACUUGAACUUGCAUACGGCAUGCGUAAAUUCGUGGUUUUAUUUAAAUUUUUACUUAUUGAUUGAAAACCAGCGAGUAGCUAAAAUUGUUAGGCGAAUAUAUAAUUACGUACAUUUAAGUGUGUGAAUAUAAAUAGACGCAUGUAAGUAGUUUUGUAAAUUAGUUUAGUAACUUGUUAAUUACUUCUAUUAAUUGUGAUAUUGUAUGUCAUUGUGAAAUUUAAUUAAAACCAAUAGUAUUACAAUUGACGAAAGUACUUAGAAAUGUAAAUAAAAAAUUGUCGUUUUUAUUGUGGGCAUUCAUAACUAACUUGAAAGGGAGUUAAGAGUGACAAUUGAAGGAAUACAGAAAUUUUAAGGUUAGCUCCAGUAGAGAACGGAGUAGUUUUUCUAUAUUAUAUAGAUAUUAACCAUUCAGGCAGGUCCUGCAAUUAACUUCCGAGUGAAUUUCAAUCUAAUUCGCUUUGAAUUUAAAUUGGCAGGGAUUGAGAUUCACUCGGAAGUGAUUAUUUCAAAUUUUGCGCACCUUAUUGAGUUCCGGUUCCAGGAGUUUGCUUUGAAAAUGCCACCAAAAGUGUAGUAGCAGAUAGUUGGCACAAAAACAUAACUUCGAAUCAUCAUCGCUAUCUGAAUUCUCCAGCAAAAGUACAGAAAAGCCUCUUGUUGUUGUUGUAGUUGUUGUGGAUGUAACGAUCCCGCUCAGAUCGGCUAGUAUUUCAGUCGCUGUCAUCAAGCUCAAAUAACGGAAGACCCAAGAAACACGCAGCCCUUUUCCUUUAGCUUGGUCUAAGCACUUCCGGUGUAAAAUAAGUUUGCAAGGUGGCGUCCAAAACACACUCUGGCCUUUUCUUAAAAUGUGGGUUGUGAACACUGCCAUUCAGUUUAUGAAAAUAACGCAGUGGCAGCACUGAUUGUAAAUUUGCAAUCAGCUGUUGGGCAACAGUGCUGCAUGCUCUCUACUUCGAUAGAGGGAAAAAUUAAAAUACUUCACUUUUUCUUGAAAAGCUUUCCAAGAACUAUUUAAUAAAGCAGAUUUAUUUAAAUUUUCAGCUAGCUAUAAACUAAUAAUUUCAUGUAUCUUUUGGUGCCUUCAAGUUGGUUAAACAUGAAACUAUUUUUUUUUUCAAAAUUUUUGUUUUUGUCGGGCACAAUUCGUCAAGUAUGACAGCACUUAACAGCGCGACCUGCUCGCCUGCUGAUUAUUUUUUUUAAUACAGUGCAAUUGGUUUUUAACGCGCGAGUAGUUGUUUUAUUUUUUCGAUCGGUAGUAAUUUACAAAGUUACUUGCGGUUUUCAAUAAUUAAAAGUUAAUUGAAAAAAGAAUUUCCCACCUGCUACAAGAGCCACUGAAGCAAGAAGACUCACGAGCAACUACGACAGAGUUACCUUCCGAAAGCCACCGUAACAGAGUUUAAGCAGCUAAAGCACUACAAAAAAGCGACCA